UUUUUCCAAAAAUGGCGAGCAUGAAUUUUCCAGGUACUAGUCCAUCUUAACUUUCAGAGCUGGAUGAGAUCAUACAGAGACAACAGAGAGAUGUAGAGGAGGUCAAUAAGUGUAUAAAGGACAGCAAGCAGCUGACCCAUGCCUUGCAGGCCUCUCUGGGUGACCUCUCAGAGAUCAUCCUCAAGCAUGAUUCCUCUAAUAUCGAGUUCGAUCAUGAGCCAUAUAAAAACGUAGUUGCUGCUCUCGAGGAAGCUAGGAAAAUGGAGAAUGAUAAAGAAUAUUUUAAGGAGAAAAUUAAGGGCAAAGCUUGGAAAGAUGAAGGAAUUGGAAGAUCACCAGCUAAUUUCGAAGAACAAAAAUCAGCCCAAAAAUUGCCAAUGAAGAAAGCCCCAAGUGAUCCCUUUGGUAACCUCGAAGAAAUGAUUCUUGGCAAAGAAGAAACUGAAACCAGAGAUAUCACAAUUGACGAUAAUACUGAUAUUUUUUCAAGCAGAUCCAAAGCUAAAAUCAACCAAGAGGAAUCCAGAGGAGAUCUAUUCGAUAAACCAGAAGCAAACUUGGAUGACAUUAUCGAACACCUAACCAAAAUUAUGAAGCCAUUCGACAAGAAAAAGGCUGAGAAAAAGGUCCCUUCAAGGAUAAAGAUAUCGAAAUACCUACUUGAUUGCAAAAAUGAUGCUGUGAAGGAAAGUUCUGAUGAGUCAAAGAUCAAGAAAAUCUGCAAGUACAUUGCCAAUUACUCCCUGGAUGUGUAUUCAAGUAACCUCAAAGGGAUCCACCAGAUGUUGUAUUUUGAAACCAUUGAGAUGAUGAAGAAUGACUAUAUCGAGCUCAGCUUCCAAAAUUAUAUGGAAAGCAACCCAAAGUUUGACACAUUCUUAAACAAUCUAUUCUCAAGAGCUCGUAAUUUUAUGGGAGAAUUACAAGAGAAGCUAAACAAAAGGAAUGAUCAAUCCUCUGACACUCAGAGUAGUAGUUCUAAAGAUGACCCUUUUACUUUCCUCAACAAAUACUUUAAAUCCGCCCUAAGAAUCCUGAGCGCUUCAAACAGUGAAUCUAGAUUUGGCAGAUUCUAAGAAUCUAACAAAGUUCAACCAAU